AUGGCAAUGGCAAACAACAAAACACGAUGUUUUAAAUGUAACAAAGACAAAAUAACUUAUUCUUGUGAAGGAUGUUCAAAAAGAUUUUGUUUUAUGGAUUUAGCAGAACAUAAACAAAUAUUAAAUGAAGAAUUAAAUCAUAUUAUUAAUGAUUAUGAUCGAUUUAAGCAAAGAAUUAAUGAACAAAAACAAAAUCAUUCAUUAAUAAAACAAAUAAAUCAAUGGGAAAAAGAUUCAAUUGAAAUAAUUCAAAAAAAAGCAGAAAAUUGUAGAAAAAUUCUUAUUCAUUAUUCACAAAGAUGUAUUAAUGAUAUUGAAAAGAAAUUUUAUGAUUUAUCUGAACAAAUAAAAGAAAUUCAUAAAGAAAAUGAAUUUAAUGAAAUUAAUUUAAAUUAUUUAAAAGAUCAAUUAAUAGAAAUUACACAAGAAUUAAAUAAUGCGUCAAAGAUUUCUAUUCAACGAGAUUCACAUGAAUCAUUUAUUAAUGAAAUUUCAAUUAUUUUAUCAAAAAAAUCAAAAUUCAAUAAAUGGAAACAAAAUGCCAUCACUGUGGCUGGUGGAAAUGGACUAGGGAAAGAAUUAAAUCAACUCACUUCCCCUCACGGAAUCUUUAUUGAUGAAAAGAAGAAUAUUUGUAUUGCUGAUUAUUUCAAUCAUCGUAUUGUUGAAUGGAAAUAUAAUGCAAAAGAAGGACAAAUCAUUGCAGGUGGAAAUGGUGAAGGAAAUCGAAUGGAUCAAUUGAAUGGUCCAGAAGUUGUGGUUGUUGAUCAGCAAGAUCAUUCGAUUAUUAUUGCUGAUUCUUUGAACAGACGAGUGAUCCGAUGGUGUAAUCAAAAUCAACAAAUUCUUAUUGAGGAUAUUGACUGUUGGGGUUUGGCAGUGGAUAAAAAUGGAUUUUUGUAUGUUUCUGAUCAAGAGAAGAAUGAAGUGAGACGAUGGAAAAUGGGAGAAUAUAAUAACGAAGGAAUUAUAGUGGCAGGUGGAAAUGGACAAGGAGAUCAACUCAAUCAACUUAACGAGCCUAGUUUUAUCUUUGUUGAUGAAGAUCAAUCGGUUUAUGUAUCAGAUUGGGGCAAUGAACGUGUGAUGAAAUGGAGAAAAGAUGCGAAAGAAGGAACAGUUGUGGCUGGAGGAAAUGGUGAAGGAGGAAAUCUUAAUCAAUUGUCUGAACCUGCAGGUGUAAUUGUUGAUGAUAUGGGUCAAAUCUAUGUGGCAGACAUGAACAACCAUCGAGUAAUGCGUUGGUGUGAAGGAAAAGAAGAAGGUGAAAUUGUUAUUGGUGGAAAUCAAUUGAGUUGUCCCUAUGGUUUAUCUUUUGAUGAUGAAGGAAAUCUUUAUGUUGUUGAUUUUUUAAAUCAUCGAAUUGAAAAAUUUGAAAUAAUUUUGUGA